AGCCGGGGUGGAGGUAACACAGCCGGUGAUGGCGGCUGUAUCACGACGCUUCUUCCCUCGCGCGCCAACAUCGAAUCUCCCGCCAAAGUAUCCGACGUUUUAGCGCGCAGUACAAGAAGUUACUUUAAACAUUCUCUUCUAAAUCAUUAAAAAUAUAAACAAUGGCAGAAGACACUCCAGUAGACAGUCCCAAGCGCAAGCGUGGACGUCCCCCAAAGCCAGAAAGUGAGAAGGUUGUUGCUACUAAACGCAAAUCCACUGAAGCUGAUGGUGCUAGCACUCCAAAGAGAGGCAGAGGUCGCCCAAAGGGUAGCAAAAACAAAGGGAAGAAGGGUGCCACAGGAAAAGGCUCGGGAAAGCGUGGGCGUCCUGCAAAGAAUGCUGCCAAGGAAGAUGCCUCUGAAGAAUCUGCUGAAGAAGCAGAGUAAAUUUUAGUGAAAUUAAAGGCCACCAUCACACCCCUACAUUGGCUGCCUUUAAAAUACGGAUUUAAACCUUAUCCAUCAUAGGAUACAUUUGAUAUACUGUACAAUCUGCCUGCAGUGCAUGGUAACUGGAAUAAUUUUUCCAGUGGUCAUAUAUAAGUGUUAGAGCAGCUCAUGUAUUCCCUAGUAGUAUUUCAUGUGCUUCAGUAAUGCCUAAAUGUCUUUGUACUUCCAAAUAGCUUAAAAGUACCUAUUUUUCUAUAUUUACAUCAGUAAAGGCUUCUUGAGUAGGAAUUAGUUAAGGAACAGCAGGGGUAUGGUGGAUAAGGUAUUGUAA